AUGGAAGACAGGAUGUCAAUGCGACAUCAACCAUUUCAAGGGCAGCCAUCUCUUCCUCACCCUCACUCCCAGGCAAAUGGAAUGCGUUUAUAUGAUCCCGGCAUGAAUCCUUCGUCAAUUCCAGUCCAUAGUAGUGGACAAACACAGCAUAUGAGCCUCAGCACCAAUCAUGGAGCGUACCCACAGUAUAAUCAUUCGGCUUCAGUUUCUCCUGGCCCUUCUCGUGAUGCUCAGAUGCCAUCACCAUCCUCAGGUCCACCGCACCAUUCCUCAGGACAAAGCUUGAAUGCGGCUCAAAAAAGAGCGUACCGACAGCGCAGAAAGGAUCCUUCGUGCGAUGCUUGCAGGGAGCGCAAGGUCAAGUGUGAUGCUACAGAUGUCAACAGCUGCUCUGAAUGCGCCUCUCGAAACGUCAAAUGUCAAUUUACAAAGGAAACCAAUCGUCGCAUGUCAUCGAUUAAACAAGUUCAGGACCUUGAGAAGCAACUCGCAGCAGCACGAGAGCAGAUCCGAAAACUCCAAGCCACCAACGGGCACCCCAAAGAAAAUGCGGAUUCAAAUAAUAAUGAUAUCGUUUCCGACAUAUCCAUCAAUGUACCAGAUGUCAAUUCGAGUCCACAAAGGCGGCCUCGACCACCCGUUAUUCAAGAUAUGUCAGUUAGGUCGCAUGUGCGCAACUACAGCCGCGGCAUUUUCAAGCCUCCCCCACCAUAUAGACAAGUCGGCACUCAGUCAAACUUUUCACCGCCUCUCCCCGAGCUUCCUCCUCAACCAAUUGUGGAUCAUAUCUUGGCGCAAUAUUAUCAGACGAUUCAUUCAAUCAUCCCAAUUCUUCAUUGGCCACAGUUUGUACAACGUUACGACGACGUGCGGAAACGGGGCGACCUGUCAAAUGUUCCACCUUCCUGGGCAUCAACAUUGUUUGCUGUCUUUGCUUGUGGUUUGCUCUACACAGCAGACCCAGCAAUUAAAGCGAAGUAUCCUGAUAAUGGAAGACAAUUCAUUGCAUAUUCUCGCCAAUUAACCGACUUGUUUAAUGACGAGUUCACCAUCGAUCACGCUCGAUCAGCACUGCUCACCAGUAUAUAUCUUACCGAGCUGAAUUGCAAAUCUGCUGCUUGGACCUGGUUGGGCUCCACCGUGAGAAUUGCUCAGGAUAUCGGAUUGCAUCGAGAGAGUGGUCCCUGGCCAGUUGUGGAGGGGGAGAUGAGAAGGAGAGUGUGGUGGGGGAUUUAUGUCUGGGAUCGAUUGCUGUCAGUUGAACUUGGGAGAGUUCUGCUUAUAGAAGACACAGAUUGUGAUAUCUCACUACCUUGCGCACUUGAUGACCAUUUCAUCUACGAUUCUGGAUUGCUAGUCCCUCCUGGUUCACAGCAGCAGCCAGCAAACUUUCUCCUCACAACGAUUCACGUGUCAACUGUCAUCUCAAUCACCCCCAGCCUCUUGAACCACGACAUCUCUCUCCGAUUUUCCACCUUCAGAACUGCCGACUUGUACUUCAUCGUCACAAUCUAUCAACGCUUUGUUCACCGGAGUAAAAUAAUUGGAGAUGUACGCGAGGUAAAUAUCGCUUGCGGAAGAAAUCUGUACGGAUUUCUACGAAUGUUGAGCGAGAAGCUUGCGAAUGGGGUGAACCUUGAGCAGGAUGAGGGCAUGAUGGCACUGGUUUCUGGUGAUGUCCAAGGAAGUACCGAAUCUUCGUGGGUUUGGAACGGUAGCGAGACCGGUCAAGCACUCAACGGCACCUCCCCACGUCACGACCACCCACACAAUAACGGAAAUGAGUAUCCUGUGACAAGUGGGAACGCAGAAAUUACUACUGCUUUAUCUCCGGAAGAAUCAAAUGAUUGGGGUGGGUGGGAGUAUAUCGAGAGAAUGCUCCAUCGUCUGAACAGCGAAAGAAUGGCACGGGAACAUGCCCAACAACAGCAACUUGCCCCAGGCCCGUGGAACGGAGUAUCGGGACGAUCAACACCAGUACCGAACGCCUCGUCAUCACGUAUCGCCAUCGCGAAUAUCAUCUAA